CAGUAACUGAUGGGCCUCCCCCAGGCAGUCAUUGCUCAAGUACACCAUAUGGAUGUUGUCCUGAUGAUAAGACCCCAGCUUUCGCCAACGGAGAGAAUUGUGACUAUCCCAUUGUUGGUGGGUGUGCUGGUACAAGAUAUGGCUGUUGUCUGGAUGGUGUUACCUCGGCAGUGGAUGAAAGAAAGUCUGGUUGUCCAGAGACUGACAUUGUCACACCUAAGAAACUUGGGAGCUGUCCCCCACAGUUGCCAGUACGAUGUGCUGGUGAAGAUAACGGUCGUCCCCCUAGAGAUGAAUGUAGAAAUGACCCAGAUUGUCCUGGUGACCUCAAGUGUUGUGAUAGAGGAUGUGGCACUCUGAUUUGUAUUCCAGCUGUUCAUAUACAGCCACCUGUACUGCCACCUGUACUGCCACCUGUACUUGGAGGCUGCGCUAGUACACCAUUCGGGUGCUGCUCUGAUGGUGAGACAGCUUCUAAUGAAUUUGGUACCAACUGCAGACCUGAUAUAGUUGGUGGAUGUGCUAGUACAAGAUGGGGAUGUUGUGCUGAUGGAGUUACUUCAGCAUUGGGGGAGAACUCAUAUGGUUGUCCAGAGGUUGAAAUAAGACCCGGAACUUGCCCUCCUCUGCUACCAGGUCAGUGUAUUGGUCUACCAGCACUGGCUGUCCAGCUUUGCAAGAUUGAUAGUGACUGUCCAAGUCGUCUAAAAUGUUGUGAUUUGGGCUGUGGGAAUGUUGUAUGUACACCUGGUGUAGAGAUCCAGCCUCCUGUGGUUGGCAGUUGUGAUAGCACAAGAUGGGGAUGCUGCCCAGAUGGCAUUAGCUCAGCAUUUGGAGAGAACAACCUUGGGUGCCAUUGUUCAACUUUGCCCAAUGGCUGUUGUCUUGAUAACAAAACCCCUGCUCAGGGACUCGCUUACUUUGGUUGCCCAAGUGAAGAAGGCCCAUGUGAGAUCACGCGCUAUGGAUGCUGCCCAGAUGGCGUCACUGCUCAGGAUGAAACCGGUUCUAACUGCCCUAAACAACUUGACUGUGCACGCUCUCAAUAUGGCUGUUGUCAAGAUGGAGUAACUCCUGCUCAAGGUCCAAAUUACCUCAACUGUCCUGAUUUAGUCAUCAUUAAAUGUGGCGAUUCUAGGUUCGGAUGUUGCCCCGAUGGUAAGAAAGAGGCCAUUGGUCCUCAGUAUGAAGGCUGUGAUGUCCCCAUUCUAGGUGGGUGCGCGGGAACACGCUUUGGUUGUUGCCCAGAUGAUGUUACAGGGGCACAGGGAAAGAACUUAGAAGGAUGCCCAGAACAAGAACCAAAGAUCACAUCAACUGGGCCACAACAAAAGAUAGUAGGAGUGGGCAGCACUGUUGAGAUACCCUGCAAGGCUAUAGGAGUUCCUAGGCCAAGGAUAGCUUGGUACAAGGACAGAACACCAAUUAGUUCUUUAGAGGACAGUGUCCUCCAGAGAUACACGGCCACAGUUUUUGGCUUACAGAUAGUUGAAGCCAAAGAGGAUGACAGCUCCACCUUUACAUGUAGAGCUUACAAUGGAAUUGGAGCAAUACCAAUCCGUGAAAUGACACUCAUUGUUUCAUCUGAAAUACCUGCAGUUCUCCCUGGAGUUGAGACUCCCGAAACCCCCGAGGUUGAGACUCCCAGAACACCUGAAGUUGAGACACCCGAAACACCUGAGGUUGAGACCCCCAGAACACCCGAGGUUGACACCCCUGAGGGUCCAGCAGUUGGUACAGGAGAUGGUGACGAGGAGCCUGUUGGAGUCCCUAAGCUGCCAGCAGGUCCAUGUGGAGAGUUUGGCUGUUGUCUUGAUGGUACAACCCCUGCUGAAGGGGCCAGUAUGCAGGGAUGUCCAGAGGUUGAAACCACUAUAAUCUCUGAUGGCUCCAGUGACAUGGAAGGUGUAAUAGGUGGCACUGUGAGGAUCAUGUGUCGGGCACGUGGGUCCCCACCACCUAGAUUUGUAUGGUACAAAGACAGAUCUCCUAUUGAAGAUGAUAGAUUUACAUUCCUAGAAGAGGGUACACUUGUGAUAGAUAGUGCUCAGAUGGGAGACAGUGCCACCUAUACAUGUAGAGCAUAUAAUGGCAUUGGAGGGGCUCCCUAUAGGGACUUUAGACUCACAAUUAAAGAAGCCGCCGAGCCAACUACCCCUGAUCCAAAACCAGAAACCCCCGUAGAAUCUCAAACAGAUGCACCACCUAGUGAGUCUUCUACUGAAACUCUAGAGGAACCUCUAGACUGUCCACAAAUUGAAGACUGCUCUUUAGGCUGUGUAGACCCAUUCUACGGGAAAGACGAAAAUGGAUGCCCAAUGUGUGGAUGUACCAAUCCAUGCGAUACUAUGCUAUGUCCAGCAGAUAAACCUGUAUGUGUACUAAAGGAGGUGGUUUGUGUCAAAGAUCCAUGCCCGCCACAACCUGUAUGUCAACCAAGAGAGAAGAAAGGUGUGUGCCCAGGACUGGAAGGUACCACUAACCCCAACUGUAUCAAUGAAUGUGAAAUAGAUGAUGACUGUAGAAGAGAACGCAAGUGUUGUCUCUCUAUAUGUGGCAGGAUAUGUACAGACCCAGCUAGCAAUGAAACCAUUGAGGAACCUGAGAAUGUUGGCCCAGCUUGUUUACGCACUCCAUACGGAUGUUGUCUGGAUGGCAAUUCUACAGCAAAGGGUUACAGUUAUCAGGGUUGCCCAGAGAUGGCCCCAGUGAUAACUAACAACUUUACAGACAUAGCCACAGAGCUUGGAAGCACAGUUAGGAUCACAUGCAAUGCUAUUGGCCAACCCAAACCACAGAUCCUUUGGUAUAAGAAUAGGUUCCCAAUGUCUUUUGACCAUGCAGAUACCCGUGUUCAAAUGCUAUCGAAUGGAACUCUAAGUAUAAACCAGGCUGUAUCAGAUGACAGCGCCUCCUACACAUGUAGGGCUUACAAUGGAAUAGGAGUAUCUGCAAUCAAAUCAAUCAAUGUAUUAAUACAAGUUCCUGUCACUAUGAAUGGUACAAAUUCCCUGGUGGUUGUCCACCCCAACGGCCAGGCUUCUAUGAGAUGUACAGCUACAGGGGUGCCUUCUCCCCAGAUCAGAUGGCUGAAAAAUGGAGCUCUUCUCCUUGGCAAACAAAAUACCAUAGUGCAACCUAUAGAGAAUGGUUCCAUGUUGACCGUGAAUGAUGCCACAGAGAGGGAUGAGGGAGACUACAUAUGUGAGGCUGAUAACAGUGUAGGCAAACCUGGCCGCUGGACCUUUACUCUUAGAAUUGAAGCUGAAGUUACUGCAACAAUACUUCGACACAACAGGACCUUUGAAAUUGGCAGCACUGUAGAGCUUGAAUGUGUAGCUGAAGGUAUACCCCAGCCAACUAUAGCAUGGCUGAAAGGCAGAAGGCCUAUAGAUACAGAUGAUAGGAUCACACAGGAAGGUGGUCGUCUUGUCAUCAGAGAUGUCACAAGGGAUGAUUCUGGGAAAUACUUCUGUAAAGCUACUAAUGAAGCCAGUUCAAGCACUGCAGAAACUAGAAUUAGAAUACAAAAUUCUAAUGUCCCUGCUGGUUGUGAAGACAGGCCGAAACUGGCCAACUGUCGCCUCAUCAUUCAGCACAACCUCUGCGGGCACAGGUUCUUUUCCAAAUUCUGCUGUAGGUCCUGUUAUGAAGCUGGUCAGAUACAGAGGUAGAGAACAUCUUAUAGACUUGUGCAUUGACACAUCACAAAGAUUCAUGACA